AUAAGAUGCAUAAUGCAUGUGUUGCAGUUUCAAGUAUUUUUUCCAAAAUAUAAAAAUUAAAAAUUUGGAAAUCAUGCUACUUAAUAGCAAACAUGAAGUUAGGUACUAUUGGUUUAUCUCUAAUAUUUGCUGUAAUUGUCAAUAAAGCUUUAAAUUUCUAUUCUGAACUUGUCUCAAUUUUUUUAGUAGUAACUACCAAACCCCAACACCCGCCUUUCAGAAUUGUGAAAGGAACGGACGCAGAGGAUGGAGAAUUCCCUUACAUGGUUCAAUUAAUUGACGAUGUUUAUAAUAUUUAUUUCUGCGGUGGAUCCAUUAUUGGCGAAAUGGGUUUUGAGACGGCCGGUCAUUGUGUUAAAGGCUUCGUAGGCGAUACAGAAUACAGUCGAAAAAUUAGAGAUUAUAUUGGUGAGGAUAUGUUUAACAGUACUCAUAAUUUGUGUAGUGAUAAUUACUGGAAUGGAGAAUGUCUUGGUGAUUCUGGAAGUCCCUUUGUUAUCAAUGGACUCCAAUAUGACGUGGUUUCUUGGUCUUUUAACCCGUGCGGCAUCCAGGAACUUACAGUCGUUUGA